AUGAUCCUGCACAGGGAGGCAUACAUCAACAGGGGCAUCUCCAGUUUGGUCCUGGUCUGCGUGGGUGUUGUGAAUGUCAUCAUCGGCCUGACGCCCCUUGUGGACAACUGGUGUGCUCUUGGCGGGCUGGUGUGUGGCACUCUUACAGGAGCGGCCAUCAUAUUGGGGCGCAGACAUGGUGCAGGUGCAGCCAUGGGUGGCGCGGCUGCCCUUGCCCUUCAGAUUCUCCUCAGCAUCUUAGUCAUUGCCAUGAUGGUGACGGCAACUAUCGGGCUACUGGUCAAGUUCGAUGGGCACGCUGCCUGCGGGUGGUGCCGAUCGCUCACGUGCUUCGACACGAUGUGGUGGAACUGCGAAUCGGCGGCCGUGGCCCCACACCACUGCGUUCUCAGCUUCGGUGGCAAUGACACGGCCGCCAUCACAUGCCCAUCGGGCGACACCACCGACGUCGAGAACCUUCGGCCCACUCAGGAGUUUCUGGAGGCCCAUUGCGAAGCCAUCUGCGCCUUAGCUACCGGCCCGCCCGCGGAUGGCUCCUCUGCAUUUGUACCAACGAUGGAAGUUAAUGACGGGUUCACGGCAGUUGACAACAAUUCAUAA